UUUUUGGUCCAGGAAUCAGUUCUCUGUGCGACGUCUCUACUGCUGUUCGAAAGUGCGCAAAACUGCAUCUCGUUCAUCCGAAGGUCCAUCUGCAGCCGCUGAUAAGCGCACAAAAGCUGUGCACCCCAUAGCUUUUGGCCUUGAACCAUUUUUGCGUGGGAUACCAGGCGCAUCCAGAGGGAAGCUGAGCAGGAUAGAGCUAAUUCCCACGCAGAGUUCUAUUUUUGGGCUGAGCCUUGCUGAGCUACAGCUACUAUUUCAUCAGAGUCGGAGUGUGCUGCGGCAUCAUUCGCUGCUUGAAUGCCGUUCAAAUUGCUGCCACAAUACGGCCCGGCGUCACUUGUUGCAUUGUUCGUGGACUGGCGUGAGAACUUAAAGAAGGAGAUAAGAGCCAAUGUGCUUGCCGCUAGGAUGGGACAGUACCGGGUUAACCACAGGUACCACCGCAUUCCCAUCGAAUGCUGUCCCCGAUGCAAGUCAACGGCCGUCAAGUUGGAGUUCCGCACUAGUCGCUCCCAAUGGAAGAAACUAAAGAAGAAUUUGGUCGAACUAUGCUUCUGUCGGCCAUAUAUUCCAGCGGGCAUGUAUAAGCAGGGUCACACAUGCCGAUCCUGUGGCUGGAUGGACGUAAUAAAGAUAUGUUAAAGGAAUAUCCAAAAUUGAUAACAUAUAUAUCCACAUUAUAUACUCACAAAUAUCUACACCAUAUCCAAAUAUUAUUAAUUACGAUGAAAUAUUAAUCCCAGUUCUUCAAAG